UUUGCUUCUCUCUCUAGACUCUGGUAAGUUCAAAGUGUACUUGAAGUAGCAUAUGCCUUCUACACACACAGAGACAAUAUGAUAAUGCUAUUAUCAUAAUUUCAUCCAGAUCAAUCGAAGAGAAGAAGAAGAAGUGAAGAAUAGAGAAGGAACUAAUAUGGCGAAGACAAAACCAGGCAAGAAGGACCUCGAUUCUUACGGUAUCAAAGGCACCAACAAAAUUGUCAGACCUGGAGAUUGUGUGUUGAUGAGACCAUCAGACUUGGACAAGCCUCCUUACGUUGCGAGAGUGGAGAAGAUCGAGGCUGAUCACCGGAACAAUAUUAAAGUACAGGUUCGGUGGUACUACCGCCCCGAGGAGUCUGUUGGGGGUCGCAGGCAGUUUCAUGGUGCCAAGGAACUCUUCUUGUCUGACCACCAUGAUAUGCAAAGUGCUCACACCAUUGAAGGCAAGUGCAUUGUGCACAGUUUCAAGAACUACACCAAGCUCGAGAACGUGGGGGCUGAGGAUUACUUUUGUAGAUUUGAGUACAAGGCAGCUACUGGAGGGUUCACUCCAGACCGCGUUGCUGUGUAUUGCAAGUGUGAGAUGCCUUAUAAUCCAGAUGAUCUCAUGGUGCAGUGUGAAGGGUGUAAGGACUGGUUUCAUCCUUCUUGCAUGGGUAUGACCAUUGAAGAAGCAAAGAAGUUGGAGCAUUUCUUGUGUUCUGACUGUUCAUCCGAAGACGAUUCCAGGAGGUCUUUGAACUCAUUCCCUGUAUCACCAGCUGUUGGCAAGGUAGAAGUGCAUUUUUCUAUUCUGAUGCUUGCAGAAUGAAAAUUAUUAUAUUAUACAAUUGGCAAUUUUUUAAUCUUUUUUUUUUUGAACUUGCAGCAUUUGUAUUGCUGUGUAUUCUGUUAUUUAAAAACUUUUAUGCAUACAUCAUAACUUUCUGAAGCUUUAUUAAUAAGAGAAGUCUAUUAGAGCUAUUUUAAGCUAAAAGAAUCAAUAGUUCAGCGAAAGCCGACCUCAGAAACACUUCCUAAUUAAGAUGCAGCAAUGGACAGUUUAAGGGGUGUUACUGAGAGAUAAAUUUAUAGGGAGCCUGCGUGAGUAUAAUUUUGGAGGCAAUCCUCCCAGUAUCCCAACAGUUCUGGUGAAAACUAAAUGUAGGCUUCAACUGGUUUGCCACCAAGGAGAUGUCCUCAGGCACCACGUUAUUCAGACCCAAGCCAUGCUUAGCUUUAACCUUAGUACCAACUCAAUCUACUAAAUGAUCCUUCUGGUCCUUGUCCAUGCCCUUCCAACUAAAUUCCUGUACCACAAGUUUGAUUCUCUUUGCCAAACUUAUUAUGAUUUUGUACAAGAUAAAUAGUACAACGGGAUACUGUGGACAAGUUUGACUGAAGGUAACUCAAAGCUUUGAUUGAAAAAGCACCCCUAUUCCUUUGAUCCUCUUGAUUAUGGGAAUCCAUAAGAAAAUUUUUGGAUUACUUCCUAAAGGUACACCUAUACAAGUCAUAGGCUACUCUUGUAGUAUGCACCUUUCUCUUGACUA